AUGUAUCAACUGAAGCAAGUUGUCAAUAUCCAUGCCAACUUCGGCACUCUGCAAGCCACUACGUACAGCCUGCUGCGAUCCAUGCUGGGUGGGAUCAACUGGGGCAUUCUGUGCGACAUGCUACUGGCAAUGGAUACGCUCUCCCCCAUGCUGUUCAUCUUUUACGUCUUGUUUGCCCUGCUGGCGGUGCUGAACAUCGUGACAGGAGUGUUUGUGGACAACGCGGUGGCCGCUGCCAAGACUCAGCGGGAGUUCAUCAUCGAGAGGGAGCGGGAAAUCAAAGAGAAGUAUGUUCGGGAGUUGCAAGAUUUGUUUCUUGAAAUGGACGAGGAUGCCUCGGGUACUCUUACGGCUGAAGAGAUGCAGCAACUGGUGAAGGAUCCCAAGAUGUCGGCUUACUUCUCAGCUUUGGGCUUCGAAGCGCACGACUGCAUCCGACUGUUCUCGUUGCUGGACACGGAUGGGUCGGGGUCGGUUGACAUCGAGGAGUUUUUGGACGGCUGCUUGCGCCUGAAGGGCAUGGCACGCAGCAUCGACGUCCACUUCAUUAUGGUUCAGAUCCACCGCUUGCAGAAGCAGUUGAGCGGAUUGGAAACCGGGCACUCCGCGGUGGUGGCGCGCCUACUUCGGCAGAGAUCUCGUGAUCUGCAGUCGUCCCGUUUAACACGCCCUGAAUCAUCAUGGGUUUCCUGA